GAAAAUUUGGAGCUGUUUUCGCUUCAAUACCUUUCCCUAUAUAUGCUGCAUUGUACUGUGUUCUCUUUGGCCUUGUGGGUUCAGUCGGCCUCUCAUUUCUUCAAUUCACUAACAUGAAUUCUAUAAGAAAUCUCACUAUAAUAGGGCUCUCAUUCUUCCUUGGGAUAUCUAUUCCUCAGUUUUUCAAUGAAUACCAGACUUUUCACAGAGGUCUUGUUCACACCAACGCUGGAUGGUUCAAUGCAUUCCUGAAUACCAUAUUCUCUUCCCCACCGACAGUGGGAUUGAUAGUUGCAGUGUUUCUCGACAACACAAUAGAGGUAGAGAAAUCGAAGAAAGAUCGAGGGAUGCCAUGGUGGUUGAAGUUCAGAACAUUCAGAGGAGAUAACCGGAAUGAAGAGUUCUACACACUGCCAUUCAAUCUCAAUAGGUUCUUUCCACCAACAUAACAAGGUUUUUUUUACCCAAAUCAUCAAAGCAACAAUGUCCUUUUUUUGUACCCACAAUUCAAUUAACAUUGUGAUUAGUGUUUUCCUUGGAGCUGGAUAUCCCAGCUCUGCAACAUGUCUCCAUUUUUUUGGGGGGCCCAUGUGUAGCCAGGUCCCAAUAGAUUGGUAGAAUUUUUGAUUCAUGUAUUUCUAGGUUCUAAACAUUAGUAUAAUAAGAAUUGGCAUUAAGUCUUCCUAAGGACUCUCUUUCUCUCUCUGAAGCUUUGUUUGUUUUGAUGGAAAAAUGCUUUAUUGUGUUCGGUUGUGAUCUAAAAAUGUGGACAGUGACACUGGCGGUAGUGUGGUGGUAGUGGCGUCAACAAUGGUGCUGGUUGUGUGAUAGUAGUGGUGUAGUGUAGUGAUGGUUGAAGUGCUGGCGGUGGUGGUGUGGUAGUGGUUCAGGCUGCAAACAAACUAAAGUUAUUCGUGAAAAGCUCGAGCUCAGCUUAUUUAGAGCUCAUUUGAGCUCAAGCUGUAUUUCCAAGCUCGUUUAUUAAAUGAGUAAAGUUUGAGCUUUGAACAAGGUGGCAUAUGCUCGUUGUCGGUGCUGCUGCUUGGGUUUUGUGGUGAUGGAUGAGGAGACGGAGAUGAUUGUGGCAGCGGUGGUGGUGAUGUGGGUGGCGGUGUUAAUGGUUGUAGUUGUGAUAGUGGUGGUUCUAAUAGUGAGACUAGUCUAUCUUACUAGUUUUGGAAAAACCUUUUUAGCCCUUUAGAAGGUCAGAAACAUUUCCUAUCCAAAUUAUCUCAUUUUUGGUUGAUUUUAAAGAAAAUUUAUGUUGAUUUUUGUUUUUCUAUCAUACUAAAUGAACAGGAUUGGGUCUAAUUACAUUUUGGUGAAUGAAAUGGACUUUUGUACAGAAGAAGAAAUGAAGAAAGUUAUGAAAUUUUGUCUCGUUUGUACAUGUUUGUUAUUUUUAUUUCAUAUAAUUCUCAAACCUUAGCAUUGUCAUUCUAAUAUUGUAAUCUUAUAAUUUUCAUUCUAAUCUUAUUGGUUUGAGUAGCAGACUCUUAUUUUUUUUUAAGUUCUAGUUAAUGCAAUGUUGCACUUUUUUGUGGUUGUUAAUGUUUAUCUUAGAAUUCCGGAAAAUUGAGAAAUAAUUAUGUCCUAACAUAAAGAUUAACCUUAUUUGAACAAUGAAUGAAAAUGGCUUUUGCACCUAGUUUCACGUUCUUAAGAGGGUAUAGAAGCCUCUGGUUGUAAUUCACAUCCAUUCUAUCAUAUAUUAUGGGAAUUGAUUUAUAUAAUUCCACUUUUUACUCUUACAAUUUGAUUCAAAUUUUACGUUUUUAACAAUUUAAUAUAAAUUUUACUUUAUAAAAUUAAAGUCAAUUGCAUCCUUUCAUUAAGUUAGUUAGCAACAUUAAUGAUUUUAUGAUUAGGAUACUACUUUAACAAUAUCUUAAAAAUUAACAAAAAAAUAAGUUGAAAUUGAAAUUGUUCAACUAAAAUUUAAGUCAAAAUAUGAGUUCAAAAUAAAAUUAACCCUUAAAAAUUUAUAAUUAUAUAAAUUAUUAAAGUUGAUCAUUAAAUUGAGUAAAUAUGUAAAUAGUAUUCAUGAAAAAAUGGUCACUAACGAAGGUUUGAACCAACCAGUGCGAUAACUUGAUCAAAAAUGAAAAGACUUAAUAAUUUUUUAUUAACCAAUAUAAAAUGGUUAAGAAUUUCAUAUUAAAUAAGAAAAAUUGUGGGCAUGUUUAAUUUGGUUUUGGGUGAGUGGUUUUUAAAAAUUAUUUUAGGGAGAGA